UAUAAUACAUUAUAAGAGCAUUAUAUUAAGCUAAUUAUAUACUGAAGUACAAAUGUAUUAAUUAAUUAAUUUAAUGUUAAUUAUACAGGUAUUGUCACAAAUUAUAAAAUUACAAAAGACUUACAAAAAUCUUCAUGUCUAUGAUGAAGCAUGUUCGAAGAUAAAGAAGAAAUUUGCUUCUCCUUAGCUUUCAACAAAUAUUAUUACUUUAAGUAAUACAGAUAAUCAAAGAAACAGGAUUCCUUAAGCAAAAUAGCUGUUAAACAAUUAGCCAAAAAAUGAGGGCAUUAUUCAAAAUAUUAUAUUCCCUCUGUUGGAGCAACGCAUAUAUGAUAAUGGGAAUAUGCAUGGGUCUAAGUUUUAGCCUCCUCUUGAUACCAAUUGACAUUGACAAACAACACGAUAUAGUGGAGUCUUUUGAUCAUUCCUUGAAUACUUUGGAAGAUAUAGAUCCCUAUGAGCCAAGAAUAAAUACCGAUAGUAAACCACAGCAAGUACAGAAAACAAAGAAAACUUUUGUACGUCCAAGAUAUUAUUCAACAGAGCUUGGAAUUAGGGAAAAAUUGUUUGUGGGAAUCAUAACUAGCCGCGAGCAUCUACACAGCAGAGACGUGGCGCUGAACAAAACAGUUGCUCAUAUAGUAGAUAAAAUUCGCUACUUUAUCUCUAUACCAGAGGGGACCAAGCCGAACGUUUCUUUCCCUGGAAUAGUGGGAUUUACUGACACAAGAAGCAUUUUGAAACCUUUCCAUGCUAUGAAAUAUAUCGUUGACAACUAUUUAGAGAGCUACGAUUAUUAUUUUCUAACUAAAGAUGUGAAUUACAUAAACGCAAGAGGCCUAGUGGAAUUUGUAAAUAAAAUAACUGUGAGCCAGAAUGUUCACAUAGGAGUUCAAAGUGAAAUCGACACUUAUUGUUCUUUAGAAUCCGGCAUACUUUUAAGCAAUUCUAUUAUACAAGAAAUGAAAAAUAAUCUAGACUGGUGUGUCAAGAAUGCUUAUUCGGAUUCAGAUGACAUCAAUUUCGGUCGUUGCAUUUUUCAUUCCACCUCUAUGCCCUGUACUAAUCAUAUACAGGGACGAAACUUCACAUUUACACAGUUGAGACCUGCGUUUAACUUUGAAAAAGAUUUCGCCCGAUUGACUGAACGAGAUGAAUUCAAGAAUUCACUUUCCAUAUAUCCUAUUUACGACCACAUGAUGGUUUAUAAAUUCAACAUGUACUUCGCCGCGAUAAAUUCCAUUAAAGUUAACAAACAGAUCACUGAUAUACGUAAAGUAAUAUCUGCAACUGCAUAUUUAGGCCCACCAAAUCAACGUAACGUGUCGUGGCCCAUUGGAAAUCAACCUGGAAAUAAACCUUUAGGACGCUUUGAUGUCUUGCGAUGGUCAUAUUUCAAUGCGUCUCAUGUUUUCUUUGAAACUGAUUUUAUUAACAUUCAAGAACUAAAGGGCGAUAGAAAAUCUGAUGUAGAUUACGUAAUAAAUGCAGCUACGAAUAAUAUCAUAAAUAAGUAUGAUAAUAAAUUGAACUUCGUCAGAUUAUUAAAUGGCUACCUGAAAUUCGAUGCAUCCAGGGGGAUGGAUUACAUACUCGACUUAGUAUUUAGCGAAAUGACUACAGGCAGGGAAAUAAGAAAGCGAGUCGAGAUCUGCAAGCCGUUGGGAAAAGUAGAAAUCAUAUCCGUGCCUUAUGUGACUGAAAAUACAAGAAUUAAUAUAAUCAUUACUAUCGACCUGAGUAAGAAGCAAGAUGCGUUAAAUUUUAUUGAACACUAUGCACAAAAUUGUAUGGAAAAGAAAUGCAAGACCUUCCUCAUGGUGAUUCUCUUAUACAAUUUUGAUUUACCGUCAAAGGGCAAAGGCGAUGUCUAUUUCGAAGUUAAAAAAUACAUAUUAAUGUUGAACGAAAAGUAUAAAAAAGAUCAAUCCAAAAUUACUUGGCUCUCAAUACGAUUGCCAGCCAAUGUAACUUACACAGACUGGGAUCCGAUGUUGAAGAUCGCCGUGACCGAUUUAUGCGCAAAAAAGUUCUCUGCGGAAAGUCUAAUUCUUCUCGUCGAAACAGGAACGAAAUUGAAACUAGAUUACUUAAACAGAGUAAAUAUGUACACAUAUUAUACAUUAACAUUAUGCAUAAUUAACUUUAAAUUAAUUCGUUAUCGUGUUUAUCAGGUUCGAAUGAAUACUAUUAGUCACUAUCAGAUAUUUAGCCCAAUUCCAUUCAUCGAGUUUCAUCCCGAUAUAAUUUACGCGAAUGAAGCAGCCCACGACGAAGUUGACGUAAAUAGCAAUUAUGGAAAAUACGACGAACAGAAUUACAACAAUAUCGCAUUUUACGUUAAAGAUUACAAUGCAAUGCGACAGACAGUCGAGGCGAAUAUUCCAUUGGCACGAUCAGAUAAGGAUAUCGCUACUCUACUGAAACUUUCCAGGCAUAGCCCUGUAACUUCUCUAUUCGAAAUGUACGUGUCGUUCAGCGAUAUGCAUGUGUUUCGCGCGAUAGAACCAACACUAAAGAUAAAAUACAAAGAUAUUAACUGCGACAACAUUUUCAACGACAACAUCUACAAGAGUUGUCUUAUACUGAGGAACAAUCACUUGGGUAAACGUAGUCAAUUAGCUAGACUGAUAUUAGAUUAUCAGAGCUAUCAAACAUAAAAAUGUGUAGAUACAAUCAAAGAGAAUCCGCUAUUUUUUUGUAUUUGUUAUGUACGCUUUAUAUUUUCAUAGAAAACAAACAAAAAGUAGAUAUCUA